AUGGGCCUGGAGCUCUACCUGGACCUGCUGUCUGCAUCGUGCCGCGCUGUCUACAUCUUCGCCAGGAAGAACAGCAUCCCUUUCGACUUCCAGUUUGUGGAUCUGCUGAAAGGUCACCACCACAGCAAGGAGUACAUGGAGAUCAACCCCCUGAGGAAGCUGCCCAGUCUCAAAGAUGGAAAAUUUGUCUUAUCUGAAAGUGUGGCCAUCCUUUUCUACCUGUGCCGCAAGUACAGCGCGCCCUCGCACUGGUACCCGCCAGACCUGCACACGCGCGCCCGCGUGGACGAGUUCAUGGCCUGGCAGCACACAGCCCUUCAGCUGCCCAUGAACAAGAUACUCUGGAUCAAGCUGCUGAUCCCGAUGAUCACGGGUGAGGAAGUUCCAGCUGAGAAGACAGAGCAGGUGCUGGCAGAGGUGACUAACAACCUGAAGCUCUUCGAGGAAAAGUUUCUGCAGGAGAAGAUGUUCAUCACCGGGGACAACAUCUCCCUGGCCGACUUGGUAGCCCUGGUGGAGAUGAUGCAGCCCAUGGCGGGCAACCAUAACGUCUUCCUCAACAGCUCCAAGCUGGCCGAGUGGCGCAUGAGGGUGGAGCUGGCCAUCGGCUCCGACCUCUUCUGGGAGGCCCACGACCGGCUGGUGAAGUUGGCGGAAUGGGACUGCUCCACUCUGGAUCCGAUGGUCAAGGAGAGGAUCUGCGAUUUGCUGCAGAAGUUCACGUAG